AUGUCGGCCGUGCCAGCCUGGAAGCGAUUGGGCCUGAAGCUCAAGGGAGCCAGUUCGGACGGAAGCCCUGCUGCCACCGUUUCGCAACCCACGACCACAACAACCUCCGCCCCUCCCUCAGGCCGCUUCGCACACCACCAGCAGCGAUCCAACUUCAAUGCAGACGGACAGUACGGAACACCGGCCUUCAAUAAGAGGAAGCAGUUCCCCUCCGGCUCGUACCCUGCAUCAGACAACAAGCGCCCUAGGUGGAACGACUCUGAUUUCACACCCUCCAAGAAGUCCGUCUCCUUCUCGCAGGACACCAAAAAGGCGGCUCCCAAGAAACCAAAGCCAGCCAAGAAGAAGAAGGCUUCCAAGCCACAGUCAAAUCCACAGCCACAUGAUCUCACGCCCUCUCUCGAGUACCUCAGGACGUGGCACAAAGCCCGCGAUGCCUGGAAGUUCAACAAGAACCACCAGACCUUGUUGUUAAAGUACAUGUACAAGGCCGAAGCACUGCCGGCGGCGGACAUUGACGCAUUCUACCUAUAUAUCAACGACAUAAAAGGUGGCUCUAGGACCAGGCUGAUUGAACAGGCAGAGGAGGUGAGGAAGAAGGACAUGGAAGCCGGACCCAAGGGGUUCCCAGAGGGCACCAAGGGCGCGGAGGAGAAGCAAGGGCAGUACGAGGAGAUGGUAGCCGAGCUCUUGAAGGAGAAGGACGAGGCGGAGGGUGGCAGCUCCACCGGAGCACCCAAGAGAAGUUUCGACGAGGUGGAAUUCACCCUGCGGACGGUCGACAAAGAUGUCCAGCAACGCCUCGUGAAGCGCAUGCGUGCAGAAAUGGUCGUCGACGUUCUUAAAUCCUCAGGCGGCGAAGACGAUGCCGCAGCACCUUCGGCCAGCACGACCAACGCCACAUCUUCGAGGGUCAAGGUGCCUGUCCUAAAUGGUGCCGACGCAAAAGCAACCGGCGCUGAGGGCACGAAACAGAAGACUAAGAGAAGGAAGAAGCUGCGCACGGCCGACACCGACAGCAGCAGUUCCGAAUCAGAGUCAUCUUCGGAUUCAGACAGUGACUCAAGCUCUGAUGGCUCUGAAGCUGAAGCCGAAGCCGAAGCCGAUAAUGCCAGUGAUAGCAGCUCAUCAUCCUCGGACUCUAGCUCGGACGAGGAAUCGGAAGUCCCAAAUGGGCGCGCCAAUGCCGAAACCUCUUCCUCGAGCAGCUCCUCUUCGGAGUCAGGGUCUGAGGAUGAGUCGUCCGCCGGUGCAGCUGUUGCUGGGGACGAUGACACGUCGGGAAGCGAUGGUGACAGUGAGAGCAGUGACAGCGACAGCGACAGCGAUGAUGACGCUUAG